CUGAGAGGAUACAUCAUGUACGCUAAACUGUUCCUUCUCCUUGCCCUGGCUGCGGCAGCGCUUGCUCGCGAGUACCCGGCCGGCGUCCACCCCGCAGUAUGUCCAAACUACCCCUACUGCGACACCGAAGCACUAGCUCGCCACUCACCUGACGGCACCCCCAUUCCCGAGUGGGUCCGCAACCCUGGAAUUCUGCCUGUAGCUCCCGCUGCUUACGCCGCGGCCGCUCCCGGCGCAGUCCCGGCCGCACCCCGCUACCCCGCCGACUUUCCCGCGGCACUGUGUCCUAACUACCCUUACUGCUGGUAAUCUAAUUAGGAUACCUAGGACUCCUAAAGCUACCAUUAUUAGUCACAAAAAGGCGCAUUGUUAGGUACUAAGUGUCCAAUCGGAAAUCAGUAUUUAGUCAUAAUUGACCGCCUAUAUUUCUAGUGACGACUAUAAUGAUAGCUGUUAUUGUAAAGAAUGAAGCCAGAUUUUCAAAUAAUACUAUAUAAAAUACAGUCAACAAUGCUUUGAACGUAAAUGAGUGCAAGCGCAUAAAUGUUUUCCGUGACUUUUGUAACGUUUUAUAUGUUAUGAUUAAAUAUGAGGUUUAUUUUCAUUUAUUCUACAUUAAAAUAAUUACAAAGAUCUUGUUGUACGACACGAUAGUUGUCCUCUUUGAAAAUAUUGUAAAAAUGAGAAAAUCUGUGCUA